ACGUGGGGUUAGGAGGGCGGGGCAUAGGGUGGAGUUUUGCCCAGCUGCCUGGGUUCUUUCUAGCCCUGCCCCCCAGAGUGGGGGGGAGGGGCCUGGUUGCUGGGUCCCCUGCCCCUCCACCAGGAUCCCUCACAGCCCCCUGCUCCCCCCAGGCCCCUGAAGGUCCCCCCAUCCCUGGGGCAGGUACUGGCCAUACUGGGCUCACUGGUGCUGCUGGGGGCUCUGGGCUCGGGGCAGUGGCUGCAGGGGGGCGAUGGUGCUGGCUAUGGUCUCUGGAUCGUCUGCACCCCUAGGGGCUGUGCCCAGCCCCCCACCGCACCAGACUACGUGGAGGUCCCCCGGGCAUUGCUGCUCCUGUCUCUGGGCCUGGGUCUUGUCUCCGUGGCGCUGAGCGCCCGCGGCCUCUCCCAGCCCCAAGCCCUCCUGCCCAGCACCGCCGCCCUCGCCGCAGGGCUCAGCGCUAUGGUCGCCACGGCCGUGUUCGCCCAUGGUGCUGCUGGCACCGAGCCUUUCACCCGUGGCCAUGUGGGCUUUGGGCCCGGCUUCCGCCUGGGCUGGGCUGUGGGGCCUCUCUUCCUCCUGGCCGCAGGCGCUGCAAAUCUGCUGAGCCAGUGCCCAGCCUGCACCUGUGCUGGAGGGGCCCUGGAUCCAUCCAGAUCCUCUAGGUGCCCUGGACCCGGCCGUGGCAGCAGGAUGGUGCUGCUGCAGUGGGUGCGACAAGUCCUUCCCGUGCUCAGCCUGGCGCUGCUGCUGCUGGUGGCCGGCGCCCCUGGCUGGCUGCGCUUGCGCUCAGAGCUUGGCCCCGCGGCCCUUGGGCUCUGGGCACUGUGCGCCGAUGGCGCCUGCCUGCGCCUGCCCCCUGGCCCCGGGCUGCUGGACGUCUCGCGCGGCCUGAUGCUGGUGUCCUUGCUCGCCGCCUUCAUCCCCGUCCUCUGCCUCCUGGGCCCUGUCGCCCGCUUCUUCGGCCGCUUCUUUGCUGUCUCGAUGGCCUCCUACAUCACCAGCCUGGUUGCAGGUGUGGUGUCACUGCUGGCCAUGGGCUCCUUUGCGCUCUGGGCCUCGCGGACUCCCCCACACCCACUGGUGGCACGUGCCUACGGCUGGGCCUUCUACCUGGGCUGGGCCAGCUGCCCCACCUGCCUGCUGUCCGGCAUGACAGGCCUCAUUGCGCACCGGUCCCUCUCAGCCUCCACUAUCAUCUUGGCUCCACCUCCUGCCUGACCACCAGCCAAUCCUGGACCUCCACAGCUGCCCGUUGGCCUAUGGCUCACAGCCAGGACUACUUUCUCCAUCUUGAGGAUCCAUCUGCCACCCUUGCCCCGUUACCCCUUCAUUUCAUGGCACUGGGGACUACUUUCGACCCUGGUAUCACGUAUCCUUCUGCCACUGGGACUCUUUGCCCCUGGGAUUUACCCCCGCAUAUCUGGAGAUAUCUCUCCUCCCCAGGGACUAUUUCUCAUUGUGCCCUUGAAAUAUGCUCCACCAAACUUCCUGUAGCAUGAGAGAAUAUCCCUCUGCCGCCGGGACUACUUUCUGUCCCUCAUGCCAUUAAAUAGAUCUCUGCAA